AAUGUGCUUCUUCCUCUUUAUCUCUCUCUCUCUCUCAUUUCCUCUCAUCUUCUCUCCUCCUUAUCUAUUGAUCUUAGUCCUAACCUCUGGCUCAUUAGUCGAAAACAAAAAUUUCUGACAAUGGAAGCAAUCAGAUUCUCUAAUCUGACAGCUCUUCUUCUACUGCUACUACUGUCACUGUCUCUCACUGUGACUUCAAAGGACCAAACUGUUUCUUGCACAAUGUGUUCCUCUUGCGACAAUCCAUGUAACCCUGUCCCAUAUCCUCCUCCGCCUCCUAGUCCUCCAAGCUCCGGUGGUGGAUCUUAUUAUUACUCUCCUCCUCCUCCUUCUCCUUCAAGCUCCGGUGGUGGUAAAUACCCGCCUCCGUACGGCGGAGACGGUGGACAAAGUUACUAUUAUCCGCCUGCUUCUUACGGAAAUUACCCAACGCCGCCUCCGCCGAAUCCGAUCGUUCCUUAUUUUCCGUAUUACUAUCACAUUCCACCUCCGGGAGAUUCUGGAUCGGAUCGUUUAUUGGGCUCUCUUUUCUUUGUUCUGUUCUCCGUCUUGCUCUGUUUUGGGUGACUGAGGGAGGAUCAUCGGAUACAUCAGCCGGCAAGUACGAAGAACUGAAACUUCUCUUUUAACCAUACUACUGUUUUUUACUUUCUGUUGACAAUCUGUAUUUAAUAUUUAUUUUUAAUUAACAUCAUAAUUACUCGUUGUUCGGAAUCUUCAGAUAUAUAUCUAAGUAAACAUUUUGUUUGAAAAUAAGUUUCUUUUGGUGAA